UUCCCCAAGUGGUUAGAAGAUGAUAAUGAAGCUUUGAGUUUAGAUGGGUUUGCUUUUCUCUUGUUGGUUUCUUAUUGAGUAUGUUCUCAGCCCUGUUGGAGAUGAGAAGUGGAUUCGUUUGAGCUUUUUCAUCCAUCGUCAUAUCUUCAUACUCUGUCAAGCUUUCUCAUGGAUUGGAGUAUUUGGAGGAAAGAUGUUGGCUGUAUUAUUUUUUCCUUUCAGAAUUGUUUGGUUUCUGAGUUCCCAAGUGUCUAAAUUUUUAACGUAUCUCAGAAUACUUUUGCUUUCAAUCAACUACAGGGCUGCAGAAGUGGUUAUUAGGUGUGAAAUUCCUGAAAAUUCUAACCCAAUUCAAACAAUCAUCUUGCGUAAUUGUUAUCCAGGUGUUCUACCCACUUCACGCAAGAUGAAGAGUGUAGAAGUAGAGAGAAAUUGGUUUGAAUUGAAAGAAAGUAUCAAGGAAGAAUUAAUUGUUCAUGUGGAUGGGGAUAUGAGUGAGAAUGAGUCCUCAAUUUCUCUUCAAAGCUAUGCAUCACAAAUUACAGGAGUAGAUGCUGAGAAUGAAAGAGAUGGAUCAGAUGUCAAUAUAGAUGAAGAUGUAGACAUGGAUGAAUCUUUCUCAGAUAUUAAUAGCCCCGAGCCAAUUUUAGCAGAAGCAGCACAAAAUGAAAGAGAACUAGGAGUCAACAUGUAUGAAGAAGAUAUGGACAUGAACAAGUUUUCAUCCAGUGUUUUGAUCUCUGAAUCGAAUGAUAUGGAAGCAGAAACAGAGAAUGAAAAAGAAAACAAUCAAUCAGAUCCAUUCUAUGCUAAGUACAUUGAAAGGAUGAAAUGGUUUGAUCUACUCAAUUAUGAAAGAACCUGUGGAAUAAGUUCAAUCUUAAACAAGCAAUUGGGAACUCCAAGUUCGUUUGAGAGCAUAGAGCCUAUAGAUUUCUCUGCUCCAUUUCUCUCAUGGAGCAAAAUGGAUAGAAGAAAACUUUUAAGAAGCCUAGAAAAUGAUUUUGAGAUGGUCUAUGUGGGUCAAUCAUGCUUGUGUUGGGAGGCCCUGCAUCAUCAAUACAGAAAGGUUGAGGCACUUGCAUGUACUGGUCUCCAAAAGGGUGUCUUUUAUGAAAAUGUAGCAGGAGAAUUCCAAAAUUUUCAAGUUUUGUUAGAGAGGUUCAUGGAAUAUGAAAGUAUACAAGGCAAAAGGUUUUGGAAUUAUGUGCAGGGAAGGUUCUCACUGAAAAGUCUUCUCCAAGUUCCAGAGGUUUCAGGCUGUUCCGAGGGAGAAGAAGAAUCAAGGGAAGGGGAAGCCAUGGGAGCAAGUGAUGUGCUAGAAACCAUAGAGAAGUCCAUUAUGACAUUUUCAAAUUUUAUAGCACAGACAAUAAGAAAUCAUGGUGGAAAUUUAGAAGUUAUCUGUGGAGUCAUCAACCAGUGGAAGAUCCAAAAGACUUGGAGCUUUUAUUUGAACUCACAAAGCUACUUCAAAAAAAGGAAUUAUACCUGAAGGAUCUGCAGAGGAAAAAGAAAUGCUGGUUGAAAAGAGCUAAGCUAGUUGAACAUAAUCAAAGAAGGGAGACUCUUUUUAGCAUGAUAGACAUGAAACUCAUAUCAAGAGUGCUUCAAAUGUCCAUCAUUUCCACUGCUCAACUUAAAUGGUGCCAAGAGAAGCUGAACAGUAUAGACUUCACAGAAGGAAAAGUUAUAAGAGCUUGGACUAAUUGCUUUUUCCCACCUUCUUAAGGACUCCUAAUUGAAAUUUUCUAGUUUUUAGCUUGUAGAAACUGCAUGUAUUCUCAUUAAGUUGUUUCUUGAAUCAGGAAGUGAUGUCUACUUUGAACAAUUGGAUAAGAAUUUGACAGAUUUGUAUAAAUAA